AUGGCUGAAGUCAUUCGAGCACCCUUUGUGAUUGCUUCUGUAGCGAGUUUCCAUCCUAAUAUUCCCACCCCGCUUGUUACCAAGCUGUCACUGGACCUCGAAGUUCCUCGAGACAGCGAGAUCACGCCCGUCACAGUAAAACGGGCAGAAGAUAUUGUUCGUGUUCUCAAGAGCACGAGAGAUCACGAGGAAUCCAUAACUGAGGAUGUCGUUCAAACUGCCAAGGACCAGGUCCAUACUCUGCGUGACAUCACCUCUCAAUCUAAGUUCCGUGAUAUCACAGGUGUCGAUGCUCGGCUGGAUCGCAUCGACGUUCGCCUGGACACCAUGGAAGGUCGCCUGAACUCCGUAGAAACUCGCCUGAACUCCAUGGAAACUCGCCUGGACUCCAUGGAAACUCGCCUGGGCUCCAUGGAAACUCGCCUGGACUCCAUGGAAAUUCGCCUUGACUCCGUGGAAACUCGCCUGGCCUCCAUGGAAGGUCGCCUGGUCUCGCUUGACCAAAAGGUUGCGCAGGCUCACACUGAGUCUCAACAUCAAAUGAAGACUAUCACGGACACUCUCGCCCGAAUGGAGGCUCGCUUGGGAUUACUCCCCCAAAUUGGGGCUCGCCAGGACAAUUUUGCCAUUAUGAGCCGGAAUGAACGUCAGCUGCGUACGAACACCGGUUCUGUCAGAUACGCUGCACCACAGAAAGUUAUUGUUGGGGAUGGCCUGGAGCUUGCUCAGGGGCUCGUCCGAGGCAAUGUCGCUAUUCCUGAUGUGCCAGUUGGGGAAGUCGGUUCCGUUCUAUCGGCCAUGAUAGAUACUAGCGAACUCGACCACGCAAAGAUCCUCCGUCUGAUACGGUUUUAUAACCAGGACUUUGGGAUUCAGGCGACGGAUGUGCUUGCUACUCGAGUCCAGAAAAUCGCCAACUACGUCACGGGCUUCAACAAUGUCUAG